GGGACCGGAAGUGGAUCAGCUGUUGUGGGGCCGAGCGGCGGCGAGCGGGCGGAUCAGGCAGAUGAGGGAGAUGAGGGAGGCGGCGAGCAGGCAGGGGUAAAUUAUGUACCGAAAAUGGACAAAACAAUGAAUGUAACAAGUUGACAUCUGUUAAAGUCCUUUAAGAACGGCUGUUGGUUCUGGAACUACUUAGAGUCUGAGUUUGCUGUGCUUGUGCAUCUGGGCGAAACCAUUAAAAAAAUCAAUGCUGUAAUAAAAUGCUUCCUGUCAGCUCAGUAUUACUUCAGUAUUGCUAACUAUUUUCCUCCGAAGAACUUGGCUAUCAUAAGAGGGGGAGGAACUUUGCCAUAUUUUCAUUUUACAGUUUGUCAGGACUGUCGUUAAAUGAUUUUUUUUCUCCAAACAUUGGUAAACAUUAGUUGCAUACUUUGGAAAGAAAUUAAGAGAAAUUUUGAUCAUAUUUUUAACCGUUAAAGCAUAAUUCAAAAUCAUGAAAAGACCAAAUAAACAUCGACAACUUCAGUUCUUCAGUCUCUUCAGCAGGAAACCUAAAUCUAAAUCAAAGCUUGAGAUGUCUGCAGUCACAGUUGAGGGAGUAAACACUAAAACAGAGAGUGAGGAUGAGAAAAAGACCACCUCCUCUAACAGGACAAUACAAUCCUCCAGUAACGAACAAUUGUUAGGCACUCUGGAGUGUCCUCUCUGCCUUCUUAGCCAGCCUCGAUCUCAAUUCCCAGAGAUCAUUUCUUGUCAUCAUCGUUCGUGUCUGGAUUGCUUGCAGCAAUAUUUGAAAAUUGAAAUUACUGAAAGCAGGGUCAACAUUGCCUGUCCAGAAUGUUCAGAAAUGUAUCAUCCAUCGGACAUCCGUAUGAUUCUCAACAAUGGGACUUUGAUGGAAAAGUAUGAAGAAUUCAUGCUGCGAAGAUACCUUGCAUCUGAUCCAGAUGCCCGAUGGUGCCCUGCACCUGAUUGUAGUUAUGGAGUGAUUGCCAAUGGCUGUGCAACCUGCCCAAAGCUGACAUGUGAGCGUUCGGGUUGUGCAACUGAAUUCUGUUACCACUGCAAACAACUCUGGCACCCGGACCAAACCUGCAGUGAAGCUCGUAAACAGAGGGAUGUGUUUGUGGCUGGGAUAGAAAAACACUCUACCUCUCUUAUUCACAGUGAAGAAACUGACAACGUUGAAGAGAUCAAGCCAUGUCCCCGAUGUGGUGCGUUUAUCCUAAAGAUGAACGAUGGAAGUUGCAACAGAAUGACAUGCGCUGUGUGUGGCUGCCAAUUCUGCUGGCUGUGCAUGAAGGAAAUAACAGACCUGCACUACCUCAGUCCCUCUGGCUGCACUUUCUGGGGCAAAAAACCUUGGAGCCGGAAAAAGAAGAUUCUCUGGCAAGUGGGCAUGUUGGUUGGUGCUCCAGUUGGAAUUACAUUGAUUGCUGGCAUUGCUGUUCCAGUCAUGAUGGUUGGUGUCCCCAUCUAUGUGGGGCGAAAGAUUUAUAGUCGUUGUGAAAGUAAUAAGAUAUCAAAUCAUAGACGAAGACUUGCUGUAGCUGGGGGAGUUGUUCUGUCCAUUAUCGUGUCUCCCGUCUUAGCUGCAGUGACAGUUGGUAUUGGGGUACCUAUAAUGCUUGCAUAUGUUUACGGUGUUGUCCCAGUAUCGCUCUGUCGUAGCGAUUGGUGUGGAGUUACGACUGGAAAUGGAAAAGGUGUAAAGAUUGAAAUAGAUGAAGAUGCUGCUUCUGUUAAUGAACCACGGCCAAGGUUACAUAACCACAGUAUUAGUGGUAGCAGUGUACAAGAGGUAACCAGUGGCCUGAGUGCAAGUGGAAGCAAUCUGGACAGAGCAGGUGUAAAACUGGAGAAUGAUCAAUCAGCAAGCACCGUAGCACUAGCUGGAAGCAUGCUUAGUGCAGAACAGGAUUCUUCAAACAGGGAGGGAAAAAAUAUAGAGGUUCAUGUGGACAUUGAAACAGAACCUGGAGGGGCAAAAGACCGCAGCAGCAGUAGCUACUUGUCUGUUCACAGCUUGUCGAUGGAAUCGCCACACUGUUCUCGAGAACUGUUAUGCAGCACUAGUCCAAACACCGAAAGGAUUUCCAUUCAAACUUGUGUGUGAAAGGCUUUAAACACUAUUCUUUUUCAGGAUUGAAUGUGCCACCUUCUGCCUAGGGCUGGUGAAAAUCCACUUUAAUCUCUGCUCGAUUUCAAACCAUGGCAACAGCAAUUUGACGUUUUAAUUACGAUAUUGUGCGGUUCGGAUAUGGAUGCCGAAAUACAACCUACAGUUUCACAACUGGCCGACUCCAGAGGUGUAGGCGCAGUGUAACAUUUGCCUAUUUAAAGGCCAUUUGCUGCAAAGUAUCACGAUUGUUUUACUGGAAGUACCUUAGGAGUAUGAAAUCAGAGUUAGCAUAGAAUUUUGUACACUCUGAUUAUGGUUCCCUUCAAUCCAGAGACCACAGAGUGCCAGAAAUGUUUGUGUUUGGUAUGUGGAGUUGAAUAAAUUGAAAAUAAUUGACUUUAAUGAGACUUAAAGCAUUGCAGGAAUAUGCACAGAUUAUAUUAAAAGCUUCUAAAUGCUCAGCGGACAACAUUAGCCUGCAAGAGUUUGGAACAGCAUGUUUAAUAUCUCAAAUGUGCGCAAAAGCAGUGAAUAAGUUACCCAGUGUUAUUGUUGUGCGGAGUCGGCUUUAGCUUUGUAUCAGCUGGGAGAAAAUAUUAUUUUGGUAAUUAACCUCAAGUCUUGGAGCUAAAUAGUCAGAUGUCCCUUGAUAAUCUUUGUAAAAUUGGCACAUUACAAUCUCCAUUCCAAACUAUAAAACCUUUUUGGUUGCAGCUCAUUUUGAGCAUGUGCUGUCAGAGUGGAGGACAUUUAUUCUGCUGCUAUGUUGAAAUGUGCACCAAAGAUUGACUGGUUCCAUCUGCAAAAACUGGUUCCAUAUCUUAAAGGAGCAUUCCUUCAUAAACUGGACUCCAAGCACACUCAUGUUACCACCCUGAAGUUUCAGAAGUUGAAUUCUUAGAAUAUCACUGAAGAAUUACAGAGCUCCAAAUAUAACAUUGUGCCAUUUCCUUGCAUCUGACGUGGUAUUGCCUUGAGGAUCACAUUACUGAAGCUGUCACUUCCAGAAUGCAUAUGCAGGCUGACCAAGCCUGAUAAAAUAGUUGAUUCUUGAAAAUAAAAGGAUGCCUUGAUUUUGAAGAUUUUUUUUAAAAAUAAGAAAUAUUUUCUUUAUUUGUAAAACACAAAGUGAUAAUUUUGCAGUAUUUUCAAUGUGUUUUGUAUAGUCUGUUGUCAAGGGAUGCUCCUUUUAAACUGCAUGAUUGCUUUCAGUUGAUUUAGAACAUAAUCCAAUUUAAAAGCAUAUAUUGUCAAUAUUCAUUGUAACUUCUGCUUUGCUGUUGUAUGAGCAUAACCAAUGUGCACAUGUCAAUAUGGCAGCAGAGAUAUUAAACAUAUUUGCCAUUAAAGCUGGUGUAAUUGUAAGCUGAUCCUUGAGAUAUUAAGGAUGCAUAAGAAUUAUAUGUAUGUAUAAUUCACUGGAUUGAACACCAGUUAUGGAUACAGAAAGGAAUAUUAUGUUGUGGAUCUCUGCUAUAAAGCACAAUAAUAUGGAAAUA